UGGGUGUCAAGAAGUUUGUGUUCAAAAUGCACUGAAAUGGCUCUGUAUUGACUUAUUGGCGCAAUAAAACGAACAACUAGUCCAUAAAGUCAUAAGCGUUCUAUUGCUACAUUACUGGUUAUUUUAACCAAACCUCUAAUGGCAUUUAAGAUAUAUGCAGUUUUCAUUUUAAUGCGUUUAUAUCCACAUAUAAAGCUUCAUAUAAGACGAAUUAUAGCUGAUGAUACAUUUUAAUGUUAAUUAAGUUCGCUUAAAACAAAAUGUGAGGUUACUGUUAACUUAAUCGAUUUAUAGUUUCUUAUCUUGGAAUAUAUUAAAGGGGCGUUUGAGAGCAGCAGAAAGCCAUAAGGGGGAUACGACCAUACGGUUAGAAACGUCAUUGACACCUCGUCACCAAUGACAAGGCGACAUCCCCAAUAAAUACAGGAGUUGCGAAGACAUUUACCACAGUAGAAGAAUAUCCUCAAGAAACACAGACCAACGGGAAUAUAUUUUUUUCUCCACACUUUAAGAGUAUCCAUACUUGAACAGAUCAUGGUUACUCCAAAAAUGGCAAGUCGACGACCAACGAAAAGAAUCUUGAAACCGGUUAUAGAGAAGAAACGGAGAGACCGGAUUAACCAGCGUUUAGAUGAGCUGCGAACUCUACUCUUGGAUAACACUCUGGACUCGCGACUUCAAAACCCCAAACUGGAGAAGGCUGAAAUUUUGGAAUUAACUGUUGAAUACAUUCGGACAAAAGCCACAGCUGCCAGAGAUAGUCAAGGCGACUCUAACAAAGACUCUGAGCCACAUGACGCUAAAGCUCCGACUCUGCUCUCGAGGAGACCCCACGUUCCCUUCGCUUCAGUCCCCAAGCCCAUCAAUGUCCAGACGCAGAUGCCCUCCAAUCCCAUCUACAAAGCUGGUUUUAAAGAGUGCAUCUCCCGCCUGGCCAACUUCAUCGAAUGUGUAGAGCCUUCCCAGCGAGACAGCUUUGUCCAAGGCCUGUGUCACCACCUUGACUCCUACAGCAGAGUUUCCAGCCAAGCUGCCCACCAUCCGUGGAUCCCAAAUGCAGAGUUGACAUGCAGGACGGACGUCCCUGCGAUAGGACCCAUGAGAGCCAACGCAGAGCCAUUUUCCUACACCAGUAGUUUGUAUCCUCAGUCUUUCAUGCUCCAUCCCACAGGACAGGCCAUGACACAUCCCUACCUCUCCCCUCCAUACUCCCUCUCUCCUCCACCUUCUCCGUGUUACUCAAGCAGUUCUCCUCCAUUCUCCAGCUCUCCCACAUAUCUCUCUGUUCCCUGCCAUUUCCCUUUCCCUCCCACCAUCUCUCCACUCAGUGACUCUUCAUCGUCGUCAUCAUCGUGCUCUCUCAGCCUCUCAACAACUGCGGUGCCUGUAGUCCCAGGACCACAUCUUCAGGUCUCUGUGGGCUCCCCCACUCCAGUGCGACCCACUGGCUCGGCACCCUCCUGCCAACCCAGGACUUUGAGAAGAGCUUUGUUUCAGAACCAGCCACAGUCUGUGUGGAGGCCCUGGUGAGCAAAACUCUAAACACUUAGUGACUCAGAGCAACAUCUUCCCAUCAGAGUUCCCUUCAGGCGUGGAAGAGGCUUGUAAAAGAGGCUGGGCUUCACAUGACAAAGACAUUAAAGCACGUGUCCUGUGCAAGUAAAGGCGAAUGAGAAAUAUUAAGAACUCUGUGAUGAUCACAUGUGACUCAUUUGUUAUCAUUGUUCAUUUAUGUGUUCUGCAGUCCUUGCGGCAACUUGAUUCCCACCAUCACAUUCCAUUGUUGUUCUGCAUACUACUUUCACAAUUCUUCAUUGUAAACAAACUGUGUAAAU